GAGUUGGCAGCGAGUCUGGGGGAGUGUGCUCUGCGGCGUUUUGGAGGGCGAAGUGCUGGAGAAGUACAGUCAUCGCGAGGGUGCGAUGGUCAUCACGGAGGUGGGAAUGCGCGAGUCACUCAGCGAUGGGGACGCCUAUGAUGAGGAGGAAUGGAGCGGGGAAACCGAGAGCGACAGUGGGGAUGACGACGAAAUGGAAGAUGAGGAGGAUGAAGAGGAGGAGGCGUUGGGAAUGGAGAAUGAUAAAUGUCUGCAAUCACUCCUCCAUUCGGCGGCGGAUGUGCUGAAAAGGGACGCAGCUGCCGCUGAUGACGGGGAUGACGAUGAGGGGGAGGAAGACAAUCUUCUCGACGAGACUGACUUUGUGGCUCCUAUCGAUGCGCGCAACGCGUGGGCCUUUUUGCUGGAGUCGUUCCGUCACGCAUCGGCAGCCGCGUCUACACGUUUCUGCCAGCUUGUGGGUGAUGCCAACUCGCAGCGGCAGUUGCAGUCCAUCAUGCAGCUGAGCGAUGCGGUGGAGCAGCUGCUGGCGGCCCGCGGGAGGCCAAAUGCCGCGGACCCCCAUUCCCCUCUUCCCCACCCUCCGGUGCGUGAAAAGUUAAAGCCGCACUUUUUAUAA